UGUCCCAAGUUAACACAUUAUUAACAGGCGUGUUAUCAGUAGCGAUUGAAAUUAAAUUGAAUAUUAAUCUUGAUAACACCAAUAUUUGGAAAUUGGUGCAAUAAUUAAGUGGGAGGUCAGCGAUCAGCGGUUGCAAAAAUGUUGACUUGUUGCAAUUUUGUAAACAAUUCGCCUGACAGGUGUCAAUUAAACUGACGUAACCCCAUUAAUUCAGUCUAAAUUUAUUUGGCCGGCAGCUGGCAAUUCGAAUUAUAAAACUGUUUUCUAGCUUCAUCUUUCCGCAUAAUGAAUGGGUCUUUUUAUAAAACUCUUUCAGUCGGAUGCGGAGGACUAUUUCUAGCGUUUCCUGUCUCAUUCAAUGCGUUAUCCUGUGUCGUCUCAAAUUUUCCAAUAAAACCCGCCUCGACCUCGUUAUGAAACCAUUGCGUCGCCGACAAAUUAAAUCCACACACAUAUAAGGCAAACGAGAAAGUGCAACCCAUUUUCUAGGAGAUGGGACCUUGAAGUCUCCAAUCGCACAAAAAGCUGAUUGUUUGUACACAAUUACAUCAUAUUUACACGACAUGUGAGACCCCCACACCGACAAGUCCGCAGUAAUUGUCCGCUCGCGAUUUUGUAAAUAUUUAAAGUCGUUUGAGUCGCGUCGUUCCAGCAGCACUCCGAAAAUAAAGCCUUUAAUGACCGGCUAAAAUUGGAGUGUCGGAAAAUGUGAUUAAUCUCGAAAAUUUCCGGUAAAAUUCUCUUCUCUUGUUUUUUGGCGCCGGUGUCGUCUUGUGGGCAGUAUUCUAAAUUUGAACGUCGCGCACGCGCCAAAAUACAUUUGUAAAUAAAAUUAAAAUGGAAAAUAAAAAUAAUCAUAGAUAUGUCCGCGAGUUUUCUUCAUGUUUUCGGUCGUGUCGCGAAGACCACGUGAUUUGGCCGUGUGCGAACUUUUGACAGACGUUUGAAUUUGGCGCUCAGUUUUUUCUUUUAUCCGAUCAUGGAUCGCACGAUGUACGGCAAAAUUGUCCCCGGGACUUUACACCCCUAUCAGUGCACCCUCAAAAAUGGGACGUCCCCCGGAUGUCGCCGGAAUCGCGAAAAAAUUCCGAUUUAUGUGGUGGAGUACCAUCACGAGGUCUUGCCCCAUAUUUACCGCAAUAUCGGGGCCAAGCUGUUGCCUCUGGAGGGCAACACCAUUGUGCAUUUUGACUCGCACCCCGAUAUGUUGAUUCCCAAAAAUAUGCCCGAGAGUUAUGUGUACAAGAAGGAGAAAUUGUUCGAGGAGAUUAGUAUCGAAAAUUGGAUGUUGCCAGGGGCUUACGCUGGCCAUUUUAAGACACUUUGGUGGAUUAAGCCCCCAUGGGCUCAUCAGAUUGAAGACAGCGAUCAGAAAUUUUUGAUUGGGAGGAACAAAAACGGCCACAUUCGGGUCAAUUGUAAAGAGAAUUAUUUCGUUUCGGAGUGUUUGUUCGCCAAAACUGAGGACCUGGAGGGUGUUAGGGAAGUUUCCUUAAGGGUGGCAACCCUAGGGGAGGAUUUUGAUCGAAAAGUUUUGGGCGAAGUCACGGGACCGUACAUUCUGGACAUCGAUUUGGAUUUUUUCAGUACGAGCAACCCCUUCAAGGAGAUUUACAACAAGGCUGGGACUUACAACAAAUUGAAGGAGAUUUACAAAUUUGUGAAACCCAGUGAUGACAUUUUCGAGUGUGUGUCAAGGCGGGAAGAACAGAUUGAAAAUUUGGAAAGAAUCUUCAAGCAUUUGCAAGACCGGAAAUGUCUGCCCGAAGAUGUGCCGAGCGAAGUGCGACAGUUGAGAGAUGAGCUGUUGAAGUUUUAUUCCGAGGAGGAAAUCGACUGGGAGUUGGUGCAUGAUGCCGGUUGUACGUGUGACGAUACGGAGUUGCCUCAUCACGUGGCGAGUUCUGAAGAACUGGGUGUUAUGUUUGAGCGGUUUCGGGGGGUUUUGGAGGGUUUGGCGACGCCUCCAGUUGUUGUGACUGUGUCAAGAUCAACGGAGGAUGAUUAUACACCGAGCGAGGACGUGGAGGUGAUUCAAGAGUCCGUUUUGAGGAUUGUUAGGGAAAAAUUUAAUUGUGAUGAACCAGUUUUGGAUUACAGUGAAGAAAAUGCCGAAUAGAUGUGUUGUUAGUUGAUUUUUUGUGAAUUGAAAAAUCAUUAUGUACAGUGAAACACACGAAAAUAGCAAUUUUCGGAUUCGCUUUAUAAAAUAUCUCACGGCGUUAGUAAGUUUUUGAACAAAAUAAGUUGAAACAGACGAAAGUAUGUUAAUUAAGAUUCGACUUAAUGAUAUAAGUAUCAUUGAAUUUCUCUAGGAAAAAAGUCGAGUGAAUCAGACGAAAAAAAUACAAAUGCGGAUGUAAUUUUGUGAUUUUUUUUGAAACCUUUGAUAUUGAAGAAAAACAAGCUUUAGAUAUAAUUUUGUAAUUUAUUAACUUGUUUUGGCAAAAUCUUUUUUAAAUCAAUGAGUUCGUAGGUAAAAAAUGCCCUCAAUUGAUACAAACAGUAGAAGUCAGCUAACUUAAAUUUGAAUUUUAUGUUUUUCUCAUUUCUUUUAACUAAUAACUAAUUCCUUCAAAGUUUGGUAAUUUCUUGGUAAAAAAGCGAAUUACAGAUUUAUUAAUGUUUUAAAAUUAGUGGGUUUAAAAAAUACGUUCCUUGCAAAAUCUCUCAGAAUAUUGAAUUUGUGGCUGAAAAUCGCUCUGAAAUAUUUGUAAAAAUGCAGGCGAUUCAGAUCUUUUGCGAUGAUAUUGAAAUUAGUGAAUCCCUUGUUGAAAAAUGCCCUAAAUUAACCAAAACAAAGCGAAAUAUGUCAGGUGUUUUGUUGUGGUGAAAUCCUUAAUUUGUAAAUUAUUCGCUGAAAGACGCUCGAAGCUUAACCGGCGAAAAUAACGAGUUCUCGGUCUAAUUGUGUUUUUCUGCCUUGUUUUUAAUUUUAUUGUGGAAGAUUUCCGUUCUUACUUUCCAACUUAUGACGUGUUAUUAAAUAUCUCGUCUUUGAAUUGGUCAAAACAGGGUAAAAAUUAAACGUAAUAUUGUGAUUAUCGCACUUGUUUAAGUAAAAUACCUCGAGUGGGUUUUUUGCUGCAAAGUGCAUUAUUAACCUAAUUAGAUGAAAUAGUUAUAAUAAUACGAGUGCGAAAACACAAGCUUAAAGUUCGAAGGCUGUCGUUAUGCAACAAGCGUAUGCGAGUUGCAUACCUAGACACCCAAAAAAUCUCCCCGAAUAUUGAGUUUGUGGCUGAAAAUUGCUCUGAAAUAUUUGUAAAAAAGCAAGCGAUUCAGAUCUUUUGCGAUGAUUUUGAAAUUAGUGAAUUUCUUGGUGAAAAAUGCCCUAAAUUAACCAAAAUAAAGAAAAAUAAUCAAAGUCAGGUGUACCUAACUGUUUUGUUUUGGUAAUAUCCUUAAUUUGUAAAUUAUCGGCUGAAAGAUGCUCGAAGCUUUACCAGCGAAAAUAACGAGUUCUCGGUCUAAUUUUGUGUUUUUCUGCCUCGUUUUUAGUUUUUUAGUGGAAGAUUUCCGAUCUUGUUUUCCAACUUAUGACGUGUUAUUGAAUGUCUCGGCUUUGGAUUAAGCAAAACAGGGGAAAAUACCGAAAAUUAAACUUAAUAUUGUGAUCAUCGCACUUGUUUUAGUAAAAUAUCUUGAAUGAGUUUUUUGCUGAAAAGUGCUUUACAUUAACCUCAGAUGAAAUAGUUAUUAUUUAUUAAUAAUACGAGUGCGGAAACACAAGCUUAUGCAACAAGCGUGUGCGAGUUGCAUGCUUAGACACCCGAGAACUUUAAGCUUUAUCAAUUUUUUUUUUGUUGAAAUAUAAUUUAAAACAAGUUGCCAUAGAAGUGUGUUUUAAAAUAGUGAAAAUACGUUGCUGUGGAAAACGUGUUUUAAAAUAGUGUUUAUUUCUCGACACUGUCCAAAUUUCCGGUUUUUCUCCUAUAUAAGGCUGUUUUGACAACUGUUUGGCAUUUCUCAAAACGAAACGUCACAUUAUUUUUAACAGAUUUAAAGCAAUUUUAAGCCUUGUUGUGUCUAAGUCGAGGAAUAAAAUGUUGUAUUCAAUUCGUGGUUUGAUAAUCCACUCGUGAAAUAAAAUGUCCGAUUUACUCUAAAAAGUAAAUAAAUAAAUAAUAAAUAAUACGAUUGAAUAAAUAACUUAUAACAAAUUAAAUUUAUACCCAAUUUGACGACUUUUUCAAUUGCGGUACAAUAUCUUCUAAGAUUAGUGAGACAUGCUGAAGCAAACGACUAUUAACCUUGGUCAUUUUAAAUUUUCAAAUAAUAAACACUUAAACACAAGGGAAUCGGAUAACCAGACAUAAUAAACUGUGGACAUAAUUGGUCGAAUUUCUUUUGAAAGAAAAAUUUUAGUAAACUAUAUUGAUAAUAAUGUAUUUAAAAUGACUGUAAGUUGAACAGAACUGUUAAAAGCAUCACAUUACAGCCCUGAUGUUUCAAUUGUCUCGUUUUGGCAAAAUCUUCGUGAAUUAAUAAUAAUAAUAAUUUCCUGAGCGGCUCUUUGAUCUGAACAGUCGAAAAAAAAAUAAAAUUACAUCUGCGAUUUUUCGGCUUGUUCUGACGAUUUUCCUAGAGAUUUGAGAAUUUUUCCGUAAAAGACACACUUGUUUGUCUCGAAAAACGUUCUGAAGCGAGCGAAAUCGGCGAAAAUAGCAAGUUUGAAGCGUAUUUUUUCUGAUUAGAGAAACAACAUUUGUGUGGAUAUUGAGUUUGUUAAUGAAAAAUGCUUUAAAAAACUAAAAAAUAGGCCAAUUGGGAUGAUCAUUUUCGUAUAUUCUUUAGGAAAAUACGUCGAAAUUGACGAAGGUAUAAUUCUUGUCUUGUUUGGUAAAAUUCUUUUUGAAAAACAUUGCAAAUCGCUCGGAAAUAACGAAUUCUAGAUCUAAUUAUGCGAUUGUUUUUUGGGUGAAAAACUCGUUAGAAAUUUAUAAAAAAUAGAGAAUAAUAAUAUUUGCAGCUAUAUUUUGCGACUUCUGACUUGAAUUUCUUGGUAAAAAGGAUUCUAAUCAAUUUAGCAAAACAGGGGAAAGCAUCGAUGGUUGGACUAAUUUGUGAAUUUUUCGCCGAAAAACGGUUCGAGUUAACAGAAACAGAUAUAAUUUUGCGAUUUCAGCUUUGUUUUUACAAAACCUAAAAUUGAGGAAUUAUUGAGUUUCUGUCAAAAGCCAUCUAGAAACGAUAUUUUCUGGUACGUGACAAUUUUUUGUGUGAAGUCUUAGAGUCGAGUUAUCAAGAACUUUUAAAAACAAGCCAAACCACCGAGCAACUUGAGUCAUUUCCACAGUAUUGUUAGGAAAAUGAUUUCAUGUUGUCGCAAUUUUGAUUAAAUUUGUAUUCAAGAGAGUGCUAAAUAAAGGAAUGAAAUGUG